CUCCCGGCGCGGGGCCAGGCUGGGGCAGCGGCCGAGCCCGCCGAGCUCAUCCGGCGAGCACACGAGUUCAAGAGCCAAGGGGCACAGUGCUACAAGGACAAGAAAUUCCGAGAAGCCAUCGGCAAAUACCACCGGGCACUGCUAGAACUGAAGGGGCUGCUGCUGCCCGCCGGGGAACGCGAGAGGGACUCGCGCGCAGCCUCCCUGGCCGGGGCCCCCAAGAUCGGCUGCCUCUCGGAGGAGCAGAGCAAGACUGUGGAAGCCAUCGAGGUCGACUGCUACAACAGCCUGGCAGCCUGCCUGCUCCAAGCUGAGCUGGUGAACUAUGAACGAGUCAAGGAGUAUUGCCUCAAAGUCCUGAAAAAGGAAGGAGAGAACUUCAAGGCCCUUUACCGAUCUGGUGUGGCCUUCUACCACCUUGGGGACUAUGACAAAGCACUCUACUACCUGAAAGAAGCAAGGACACGACAACCAACAGACACCAAUGUGAUUCGGUACAUCCAGCUGACGGAGAUGAAGCUGAGCAGAUGCUCCCAGAGAGAGAAGGAAGCCAUGUAAUUAGGAAGGCCCUCCAGAGCUUCACCCAUCCCGACCAGGGACUUCCAGGCACCCCCGGUGGACAGCCCGCCCAGUUCUGUCUCUUUCCCCCACCUCUUUCAGCUCCCCCUUCCUCUUUCCAUCACCCCCACCCCAACUCUUUGUCUACUCCUAAUGUGAAAAGAAGGUGAAAAGCACAUUUGGAAUCUCUGAGAGGUACCCAGACAGGAAGCCGUUCUGUUCUCUAGCAGGUCAAUGACGGAAGAGGCCUAACUUCUGCUGGGACAGCUGGGAAGCCUAACUUCGUGGGCUGGGGAUGCCACUGUGGCUUUGCCUUUGACAAGAGCUUCUGUCAGAGGCAGAGCCUGGCAGGUGUACCAUCCCAAGGACAGCAGGUAGGCACCUACAACCUGGACCCUUCCAAACCUUCCUGAUGGACCACAGCAUCGCAAGGCAAUUAUAACAAAGCCAAGGAUGAUACAAACACUGGAAGUACUGGUUAGGCCGACAUAGAGACUGAAUUUGUACACUGGCACACCCAACUCCCUCCAGGACUUUGGCCCCUGCCACCCACCCUCACGUGUUGUCUUGGCUUGUGCUUUCUUCUCUCCCUCUCGGAGAUCUGAAUCUCUGCCAGGAUUCACAUGCCACAGCAGCCCACUCUCGAUGUCCUUCAGUGACCCCACAUACCAUUCCCCCAACCCCCAGCCAGUAGGAAGCCGUGACAGCAGAAGGGCAGGGUGAAGUGGGCCAAGGGUGGGGUGGAGCAGACCUACAGGUAAUGACACCCAAGGGAAAGAGCAUCGUGUAGGACUGGACUAUGGACCAUCAACUCAUGGGCAGCAGUUCCUGUCAUUUCUGUUGAAAACAGCCCACUCCCUCACUUUUACGCCUGCCCCAAGCCACAGUCUGAGCUGCUUACAGCCAGGAAGCAUGGGGCGUCCCCCACAGCAACUGGCCAUUUGUCCGGUGCUGUACACAAUGCUGGCUGCGGCCUUUGUGCUUUUCAUUGUGGGCUGGGAUUGUGGAGACAGCCCUGGGGCCUUGGCUUUGUGGGAACUUGUACAGCCUCUUUCUGAUGAGAUUAGCUGAAUUCAAUAUCUAGUACGUAGAAUGUGUUCAACAAAUAUUUGUUGAAUGAAUAAAUUAUGACUGCAGACUGACUCUCCUGCCUUACACUAAUUUUAUCACAGCCUAGUCUCCAAAUAUCUAUGCUCUUAUGACAUAAGAACUGUCAAACAAGAGACAGUUACUGAGGACUCACUGUUCACUCACUGUAGUGCAAUACACUAUGGGACACAGGAUGUCAUCCUCGUCUCCCAGGAGAUAGAAAUGCAUAUGAGAUUAUUACCAAUGACACCUUUAACUUAUAUAAUGCUUAAACAUUUUCAAAGCACUUUCAUGUAUUUUUUGUGUGAUUAGCGAGACAAUAAUGUAUAAAAUCAAAAUAUAUACAGAUGCAAUAAUGUUAAUAGUUAGGAUUUAUUAAAUGUACUAUCUUCAGAUAUUUACAUGGACAAUCUCAUUUUUUUAUGCACUUAUUCUGUGAGUUUCUCUUCCCAUGCGAUAGAUAAGAAAACUGGAAACCAGAAAAAUUAACUAUCCCAGAGUUGCAUGGCCUUGAGGGACGCAGUGAGUAUUUGAACCAGCUAUGUCUGACUUCAGAGCUCUAGUUAGUAAUCUAUAAUUAGUUGGCUCCAUGUAUAUAUUUUGUUGAGGAGUUGCACCAGUGUGAGAUUACUACGACAUGUGCUAAGUUGAAAACUCCUCACCGUGUGUCACACGGGCCUUCUCUUGCAUUUACCCAAGGCAGUAAAA